AUGCCUCUCGGUGGCGUCAUCAACGAUGAGAGGAGCACAGAUAGUCUUUUGCAGAGAGUGCCUCUUACCCAUGGUGAGCUAGAUUUGUGGCAAAACAGGUGGAUUAUUCCACUGCAACAAAAGAACACUAUGGGAGACUGUAAUUCAAACACAAAUCUGGUAGGAGAAGAUACCACUGUCAUGCCAAUCCUGUAUUUGGUCCAGGAACGAUACUGCAUGAGUGUGGACCUCCUCCAUGAGAGUGAGAACAAGCCUGAUGUCCUUGCCCACAAGAUCAGAAUAUCGGUAUACAUCCCCAUACCCAUGCUCUUGUAA